GUAGACCGCAGAAGCAAACUUCCGUUAUGAAUGAAAAUCGAAUCUCUUACAUUUUAGUCUUUAUUUAUGUAUUUUCUUAUGUAAUAUGCGAUGGCGAAUUAGGAUCUGGGAGUGAAAGAUUUAAGAUUGAAGGCAAAAUUUUUGUACCUUUUGUAAACGAUUUAGAAUGGAUAUCAUCAACAAAAAUCAUAAUUGAUGGAGGACGAUAUUUGGGGUUUUUAAAAAGCGAUGGAGCCUUCUCAGUAAGCAACCUUCCGUCAGGAUCAUACAGUAUUGAAGUCAUUAAUCCAUCUUAUGUUUUUGAACCUGCUCGAAUAGAUAUAACUUCAAAAGGAAAAUUCAGAGCUAGAAAAAUGAACAAUAUUCAAUUAAAUGCAGUUUCAACCAUUAACUACCCAUUGAAAUUAAAGGCAAGGAGCAGAAUAAACUAUUUUCAAGAACGUGAAAAAUGGAGCAUUACUGAUAUGAUAUUUAGUCCUAUGGUUCUCAUGAUGGUUCUACCACUUAUCAUGGUAAUGGUACUACCAAAACUUAUCAAUGCCCAAGACCCAGAAACUCAAAGGGAAAUGCAGUCUCAAAUGAAUUUUCUCACACCAAAGAAUAAUAUCCCUGAAUUUUCGGAAUUUCUUACAAACCUUCUCAGCGGAGGACCUAAAAAACCUUCACAAUCAAGAACUAAACCAUCCAAAAGACGCUAAAUUCAAUUUUACAACUGUUGUUCGCAUGUCUCUGUGUAUUACUAGUUAUUGUUACAGUCAAAGUCAUUAAUUUAUUAAUUAAAUGUCUAGCAGAAAUUUUACAAAUCAUUUACAAAGAAUAUUUAAUCAACAGUCAAAAAAAUCAAAGAUAAUUUAUUAAUUUCCUUUUAAAUUGUGAAAAAAAUGAUAAUUUUCUCUUCUUAAAUAAAACCAAAAUUUUAUAUAUUUUAUCAGAUUUCUCUUCCUUCGUCUCGCGAAGAAACUUUAAGCAAAAAAUAUUUAGAAAAUAAACAUAGAAUGAUCUUUCACAUUUAAACUUUUGAGACAAGCUUUGAUAUCCUCUUGAAACGUUUCGCUUCCGCAUAUUAAAAAGUGUGUUUGAUGAAUAGAAGAUCCUAAUUUAUCGGCAAUUAAAUUAGCAUUUAAUCUGCUUUUGAUAAGGCUCUCGUUAUAUUUAGCUAUAGCAUUGUUGUCACAACUGAGACAGUAAUGUACUUUGAAAUUCCAGAAAGAUGAAAAUUGAUCCAGUUGCUCUUUUAAUAAGAUUUCUUUAUAGGUUCUACAACAAAAUAUUAGUUUAAUGAGGGUUUCAUCCUUUUCAUUAUCUAGUAUAGAAUAAAGAAUUGGCAUCAUUGGAGUGAUCCCCGUUCCUGCAGCUAUCAUACAUAUACGAGGAUACAAAUUAGGAGUAUAUUGAAAACUACCAAAGGGACCUCUCCAUUCUAUUUCAUCAUUUAUUUCCCAUUUUUUAAUAUAGCUUGACAUUCUCCCUUUCGGAUAGGUUUUAAUAAGCACUUUAAAGGAGUUCUCAUCAGAAGAUAUAGGUGUAUAUUGGCGAGUUAAACCUUCAUCUUUCCACCUGAGUAGAAGGUGUUUACCAGGUUCAAGUUUGAGCUGAUCGCAUUGAAAAGUAUAAUUUUUAGUAUCCUGAGUUAAUUCCUCUAUGCACGACAAUUUUAAAUACGUAUAAGUUUCAAGACUUAAGCCUUUCGAAUUUCCUAAUUUAUUUCGUUUUCCAGUUUGUAUUCUCAAACAUUCCUUUUCCCAAAGUUUGACUUCUUCUUCAUAGAUGUCAAAAACACAAUGGGUGCACCCAUUGCCACAGCAGUCAUCGAACGAAGGAGAUUUAGGUUUGGGAGGAAGUUCAUUGUUUACGUUAUCCAUGUGUCUGGCGCUUAAAUGGAACAAUCUGACAGCUGAUGUUAUUAAACUAUUGCUCUUCAAUUUUCUUAACAGCAUAUGGUUUGCUCUUCUCUAUAGGUAUAUUAUAUUGUAGACAAUUCCACCAAGAGAAUCCCUCAUUUACAUGUACUUUCGGGUGCGAAGUCAAUUUAUCUCGAUCCUCCUCAAUCUUAUUUAGUUUUCUCUUUCCUGGCUGUUUUUUUGGUUCAUCCAUUAAUAUUACUAUGAAUUUACCGAAUGACACAAUUUAUAAAAUUCCCAUUUUAGCGUAAUUAUGAAAUAUUACACAAGGACGAUACCGAAAGAUCAUUCAUGGAAAAACAGAUGGCGCUAGAGUAACGAUAUUCGAAAACGAAUACCAUAGAGAAAUAUUCUCGAAUACAUUCAUUAUCCCUUAUAUAUUUUAUCUUUUCACCGACAAAUUAGCUUGAAUUAAUUAAGUUUUAAAUAAAAAAAUCUGUUGCACAAUAAAUUUGAAUCGACCGAUGUCAGGACUGUUAAAAACAACAUCCAUUUUACAAUCUAA